AUGUCUUCGUCGCACAACGGACAUUUGGCGAACAGAAUCCGCUCUACGCGGACGAGAACCCUCUCUCCCACUUCGUCUAACGAGGUUCUCCAUCAACAAGCUCGAGUCAACAUAGCCGAAGCACACUUCUGGAAGGUUGUGGACCGUUUGACACUGGUAUGUAGCCAGAGGCCUCAAAGUAUCAGAGGGAGCGCCUAUGCUAGAACCAUAAGGCUGUGCAGCUCAGAAGGCGAGGAGUGCCGACCCACCUGUCUGCCCGACGGGCAGUACGCCUUGAUCAGAGCGCAGGAUGUCAGGGACUUGGAAGAACUGCUGCUGCGGUCACGAACCCUUCACAAUCUCAUUUGGCGUCUGGGCAGUGCGGACUGUGCCGACAUGGAUCCCGUCCGGGAACACGGCAUAGAGGUGUUCUGGUUCAGAAGCCUGCGCUUCAUAGUCCAGCCGCCCGAGGCAAGGAUCGUCGAAAUCAGCGUCGCAGACAUCGCAGCCAUCCUGCGCCGCUGCCAUCAAGAAACCGUGUCUGGACAUUACAUGCGCCCGUGCUCUGGCCGUGUCAGGUGGCUCCUGCGAGGCGACGACACCGAAGUCUGGCCAGAAUGCAUCCUGUGUUGGCGCUUGGAGCCCCUGGGCGAGGAAAGACUGCGAGCUGCCGUCGACGCCCAGAGGAGGACAGACGAGGAUGAGGUUUGGGACCGCUACAGGCAACUCCACGCCCCCAACCAGACGCCGAGCCCGCCACAUCCCAGCGGGCCGAGACGCUCGCCGCGGGUCCUGCGGCACAGAGGGCGGGCAGACGCGCGGGUGGGCGGGCAGGAGGGCGUGGAGCAGGAGGGUGUGGAGCAGCAGGACGGGAGACCUCGGUUCCCGUUUCUGGAUUCUACUGCCGGUGACAGUUCCGACUCACCCUACUCGUGGGAACCGUCCGACCGCUCAAACCACUCCAGGGAUGCUAGUGAAGGCCGUGUUUGUCAAAGCCACGCCGUUCUCCGCACAGUAGUGCAUCGGGUCGUUAUUCAAACACCGAUACGUCGUAUCGCUUCGCAGAGAGCCAUUAUCGAAUCGGUCGAACCGUCUCAGAGCUAUGAGGAUGAUGGGGAAGAUGUCAGUCCUUUGUCCGAGGGCGAAGAGGGAAGUGCCGGCCAUCACAGUCGAGUCAGUCCAGAAUCCGACUCGGACUGA